AAAGUUAUAUUAAGUUAUUGAAAGAAUACUCAGUGGAGGUAAAUAAGAAAACAUGUCUAUUUUGUUUAAUAAUUAAGAUUUCAGUUAGAAUCUAGUUAUAAAGGUCCAAAUUGAGAAUCUAUAAAUAUAUAAUAGCAUUCAUCCACAUCUUUUGUCAUUAAGUAGACGAGACUAUCAAAAAAGUUAAGAAAAAGCUGUAUUAUGUGUUGUGUAUUGUGUGUUGUGUAUUGUGUGUGUGUUGCGUACUGUGUGUUGCGUAUUGUGUGUGUGUAAAUUGCGUGUUGUGUAUUGCGUAUUGUGUGUGUGUGUUGCGUAUUGUGGGUUGUGUAUUGUGUGUGUGUUGCUUGUUGUGUGUUGUGUAUUGUAUAUUGUGUGUUGUGUAUUGUACAUUGCGUGUUGUGUGUUAUUCAUUGUGUGUUGUGUAUUAUGUGUUGUGUGUUAUGUAUUGUGUGUUGUGUAUUGUGUGUUAUGUAUUGUGUGCUGUGUGCUGUGUAUUGUACAUCGUGUGUUGUGUGUUAUUCAUUGUGUGUUGUGUAUUAUGUGUUGUGUGUUAUGCAUCGCGUGUUGUGUAUUAUGUGCUGUGUGUUGUGUAUUCUGCAUUUUGUAUUAUGUGUUGUGUAUUCUGUAUUUUGUAUUGCGUGUUGUGUGUUGUGUGUUGCGUGAGCAUGUGUUUAGAUUUACAUUGUUGUUAUAGAUGAAAAGUAAUUUUGAGGUUAUGAAGUCUGAAAUAUUCUCAAAGUUGCAGACUAAUACAGAGGUUGUUGAAAGUAGUCUGUGUAGCUCGGAAAAGGUUAUCAAAAAACUUGAAGACAAUCUGCAUGAAGACCUAAAGGAACACAGCAGAAGUAUUAUAUCUGUGGAUGAGAUCAAAGAAAAAUUGAAUCAAAAAGAAAUCGAAUUAGCAAGGAGGGACAGUGAAGUUAACCGUUUACACGAAGAAAUAAACCAGCUCAGAGCUACUGUUACAAAACUCACAGAAAAGGAGAGUUUAUACUUUCAAGAACAAAAAUCUAAACUUAAUGAAAUUCUCCAACAUGUCGAUUUGUCAUUCAGUAAACUCGACAACAAAGACGACAGUUAUGCACUUAUAAGGACAACAUUGGAAACGUUAGUUAAUCAAAACAAUGAGCUGAGUCAGCAGUUAUCCAACGUGUAUAUGAAACAAGAGAGUUGUGUCUCCACUGUUUUGGAUGUCAAUGCAAAAUUUGACAAUUUAAAUGCUGGUUAUAUGAACAACAAUGGUAUGAAUAUGUCUUCCAACAACUUUCAGAUGCAACCAACCACUACGCAGUGUUAUUCGUAUAAUCAAGCAAGAUGCAUUUCAACGCAUAAUAAAAACUUUUAUCAAAACAAUCCUACUUUCGGAAAGUCUCAACACAAUCCAGUUAUUUUACCAAGCGUCAACAGACCCCUCUCGCAUUUUUCUCCAUUACCAUUACAUGCAAGAAAAUUUGAUGUUCUCAGUAACCCUUCACCAACAGCUGUGGUAGCACCUAUGUUAAGUCAACCUGAAGUGAAAAAAGAGGAAACCUCUCUACAAAAAGAUUGCAACAGAAGUCAAAGCAAAGAUGUUUUUGAGUUAUCAUCUGAUUCAGAAUCUGGACAAGAUCUUUGUGAAAUUGUUUCAUUAAUUACAAAAAAGCAAUACAAAAAGUCACAAAAAGCUCGACCAGCCACACCCAGUCUUUCUGUAACGUCAUCAAAAUCAUCUACACCUGUGCAAAGAUCUAUCAGAAGAUAUGGAAAAAUUAAAAAGUUCAUCAAUCCCUUCUCUCCUUCACCUGCAGUUCAAACAAAACUGGACAAACCAAGUUUGAGAAGAGAUCACAACUCAUUGAAUGAUCAAUGGACACAAGCUGUUCUUGCUAAAAGUGCAAAAUUACCACCUCAAAAAAAUAAGUUUGGAAUGAAAUCAUCACGCUGUUCACUAGCAAUGAAAAGAAAACAGGGAAACGUUUUCAAUUUUGAUGGUGAGAGUGACGAAGAUCUAAAAAACAUUGCAGAUAUGCUUCAAACGAAGCAGAGACCGAGGAAGCGUCGCUGAUCUCGUAUGUGAGAAUAUAAAAAAAGGGCUAGAGAUGGGUAACUUAAUGAUGACUUUACUAAAUGAAUAAAAUAAUAAAUAAGAUAUAAAUUUUAAAAUUAAAAUAUCUUUAGUUGAGCCAUAUUUGCGAAGAUUAACUUACGCG